CGCACUUUAAUGUGCGUAGUUGAAAUUCACGGCCAGUGUCGCUACUCAGCAAGUUACACUCGGGGCCCGAUGGAGUUGCUGCAAUCAGCUGAGCAUCAUAACUUGAUACGAUAAACAAGUAAUGAACGGAAAGGACACAUAAUAAAACGAUGGAGGGGAUGCUGUAUAAGUGGACCAAUUACAUAAGUGGUUGGCAGCCUCGUUGGUUUGUGCUUGAUGGAGGAACUUUAUCUUACUACGACUCUCAAGAAGAUGCCUGGAAAGGCUGCAAGGGCAGCAUUAAGAUUUCAGUUUGUGAAAUCCAAGUCCAUUCCUCUGACUCCACUCGAGUUGACCUGAUCAUCCCAGGAGAGCAGUAUUUUUACCUCAGAGCCAUCAAUGCAGCAGAGAGGCAGAAGUGGCUGGUGGCCCUGGGGACUGCCAAAGCUUGCCUUACAGAUAACCGAACCAAGAGAGAAAAAGAGCUUCAGGAGAACACAGAGGCGUUGAAAACUAAAAUGUCAGAGCUCAGAUUGUACUGUGACCUUCUCCUCCAGCAAGUAAACAAGAUCAAGGAGGAUGAUGAAGGAGAAAUGGCUGAGACGGGCAUAGACACUGGAAACAUGGUAAAGUCUACAUGCACUACCUUCCUCAAGACUCUGGAGGAAUGUAUGCAGAUCGCAAAUCGUACUUUUAAUACAGACAUGGCAACUCAGAGCCCACCAGGAACCCCUCCAGUAGCAGCUAUUAAACCUCAGAAGAUUAAACCUGUCAAUCAUUUGAACCAAAACCUUGGAGAAAAGUUUCAAAAUCUGUCUGAAACCUCAGGAGAAGCAGUUGCACAUGACAACCAGAGCCUUGACUCUGGAGCAGAGGGACCAGAGGAACCAGAUAAACCAGAGCACCGCGGUUCCCCAUCAGGAACAACUGAGAGCGAGGAACCAGAGGAGCUGACAGGCCGUGCAGACAGCCACAUGGAACAAGCCGUUUCGACUUUACACACUACCCAGGAUACCUCUGACAAUGAACACUAUGACGAACCGCCGGAGGGAGACGAGGAGGACGAGGCCGACGGUCGCACGCAGGCCGACGAAGAGCAGGACCACAACGGUGACCAAAGUCAAGAUGUUGAAGUCAGCAGUGGAGAAGGGAAUGGCGUUUGUCUCCAGCACCAAGAGGAAGCCCGUUCAGACCAGGCAGAGACUGAGAAAGAAGAAGAAGAAGAGGAAGAGGAAGAGGGUGCAAAAGAUUCAGCUGAGGCUGAGGACACAGAGCAGGUGGAAACUUUCUUCAGCACAAUGAGUCACAGAUUUAGUGAUAUAUCACUGGAUGACGACAAUGGUAUCCCUACACAAGAGUUUUUGGACUCAUGCUAUGCAAUAGUGCCUGUAUUAGACAAACUUGGCUCUACAGUGUUUGCUCCGGUUAAAAUGGAUUUUGUUGGAAAUAUCAAGAAGAUUCACCAGAAGCUGAUGUCCGACCCCGAGAACUACCCGACGCUUCAGUCCAUCGUGCUGCACGAGGUCCACACGGGCGUCGCUCAGGUGCGCAACUCUGCCACCGAGGCCCUGCUGUGGCUGCGGCGAGGCCUCAAGUUCCUCAAGGAGUUUCUGUCAGAGGUCAACUCCGGACAGCAGGACAUCCAGGGAGCGCUCAAUAACGCCUACGGAAAGACUCUCCGGCAGUACCACGGAUGGGUUGUGCGAGGUGUUUUUGCUCUGGCGCUCAGAGCGGCUCCGUCCUACCAGAGUUUCACUGCCGCCUUGGUGACGAGAGAAGGCGACGAGCUGCAGAGCAGCUUCGCCAGCGGCAUGCACAGAGACCUGGGGGUGUACCUGCCCGCCAUGGAGAGGCAGCUGGCCAUCCUGGACGCUCUAUAUGAAGAAUACAACCUGGAGUCCGACGAAGUGGUGUGACGCUGGAACAACAGAAGGUGAAAGGUCAAAAAAAGGAUUCGUGCCUGUUCGGACCGGUGGAGCAAGAAGCCGACAGAUCAACGGACGAUACCGGAUGCAUUUUUACUGCAUCUCGUGGAAAUGGUGUGUGUGUGUGUGUGUGUGUGUGUGUGUCUGUGUGUGUGUGUUGGGGGGGUCUUCAGUGGAUUUUAAACUGUCCAACAGUUGAAUGUCCAGGACUGAGGAAGCUGAUGAAGUCUGCAUUCAGAGGCCCGUCAGGGUGAGAUCUUGCAGUAACAAGACAUUAAGAGAACUAAGAGAUUCAAAUCCUUUCAGCCAGAAUUAUUCAUCAUGUCAUUUGUUGCUGGUUCACAAUUUCUUGUAAUUAUAUUGUGGCUUUUUUUUUUAAUGUACGCUACAUAACCACAAGGUAUCCAGUGCCAGUAGCUUCCCUUUUCGAUUCUGCGUGGCUCCCGUCGAAGUCCUCAAAAUAAGAAGCUACAAUUUUUUUUUUUUCUUCCUGUUUUGGGUUUUUCCACAACAGAACUAGCACAAAGCACUCUUGACAGAAUAUUGUCCCGUUGUUCUAGAACGCCAAGCAUUUGCCAUAAGUGUGAUUAAAAAAUGCACAACAGGUCAACUUUUAUUUCUUGCACUGGCUUAUUAAAGUUGAAGAAUUAAUAAUUAUGAAUUUAUAUUCUCUCCUUGACCAUGUAUUUUAAAUCCCGCAGUGUAACAAUGUAUUGUUGUGUUGAAGGCGUUUUUCUUCUCACAUUACUGCUCCGGUGUGUUUCUAUGGGACCAAAAAGGAAUUAUUGAAUGGCUUUCGCCUCCGCUGCCUCCAAGUAACAGAACACAAGAAUGAAAUGAUCCAGCCCAGCUGCUGAAGCACUGACCGACUGCUCUCAGUGCGGACAGCCUCUGCACAAACCUAUGCAUAAUGUGCAUUUUCACAAUGUCUAUUUAUUGAGUCUUAAGUUAUAAAAUUCAGAGUAGCGACUUGAGGAUCUGUUGUGCGACUGUGUGGAUCUUUGAGCAUGUUUGUAGACUGCAUGUUUUAUGUAUAAGGUGACUUAGGUGCCAGUGCAAACUGCAUAUAGGCCAAGGGCUUUAAUUUAUCCAAGUUACUGUUAGCUAG